UGUGUUGCUGCCCUCUACGUUCGUUGGUGAUUAAUAAUUUUUGGACGCGCCGCAAAAUGGCAGCUUCCUGUGAUCAGACCAAGGAUGUUCCAUCCUCUUCCUCAAGCAGACCAGGGUCAUCGUCAGGGUCAGGGGUCAAAUCAGAGGCACAGAAGAAGAUGGAGAGAAUGAACAGACUUAAGAACCUUCAUCUCAAGAGGAAUGAAGCAAGAAAGUUAAAUCAUGUGGAGCUUGUUGAGGAGGAUAGAAGGAACAAAUUACCUGUUAACCAUGAAGCACAAAAGAGAAGAAAUGAAUGGAUUCUUAAAGAUGAAGAAGAUAGGAAGCAAGCUGAAGCUAGAGGGGAAGACUAUGAAAGAGUGAAGAUGUUAAAUAUGUCAGCAGAGGAAGCGGAGAGAUUUGAAAGGAAGAAAAAGAAGAAGAAUCCUGAUCAGGGCUUUGCAGACUACGAACAGGCUACCUUCCGUCAGUAUCAGCGUCUAACCAAACAGAUGAAGCCAGACCUAGAUGGUUAUGAGAGGCAGAAAGAGAAGCUAGGAGAUGACAUCUAUCCUGAUCAAGAUACUCUCACUCAGGUUGAAUUCAAGGAUACAGAAGAAGGCAUUAAUAGGAUGGUGGAUGACCUCAAUAAACAGAUUGAAAAGAGAGAGAAGUACAGCAGGAGAAGAGCGUUCAACGAGGAGGAUGACGUUGAUUACAUCAAUGAACGUAACAUGAGAUUCAACAAGAAGAUUGAACGUUUCUAUGGAAAGUACACUGCAGAGAUCAAACAGAACCUUGAGAGAGGAACUGCUGUGUAGUCAAACACAACUCAAAGGAAUUGAAUAAACAUUUAGAUGGCUGUAUGUUGCCAUGGUGAUAUGUAAACAGGCUUAUUCUACUACGUAGGAUGACUCUGAGGUAAUAAUAGAGUUGUGAUCUUGUAACCUAUGAACUGUGAAAUCCAAGUUGGUUAAUGACUUAACCCUCAUAAGUGGGGUCCUCCUAAGAUGUCUAAGUAUCUGUAGCACUCUGUGUGGUACGUACAAGCAUGGACAUCCCUUACGCGAUCCGAUUAAACAAACAGAUGUGCAAUGUUUAUGCAGUGUCAGUGAGUACAAUCUGGUUCUCUCUUUCAUUGACAUUUACCUAUCGAAUGGACUCACCAAGAAGAUGUCCUCAUUACUCGGCCCCUCCGAUACGAUGCUAGUGGUUAUCUGCUUCCAGGUUCAUAACUACAUAACCAAGUUAAAGCACUAGCACCAUUGCAUUAAACCUCGGUACAUGGCCCCUAGGAGAUAGAUGACUUGAUAGAUGUUUUCCUACAAGUAAACAAUAAACAUCUUGGUCCUUGUGCCAGUUUUCAGGAAAAGUUUUGCCCCUUGGAUCUGGGCCUGGUUUCAUGUCUAACAUUUGCCUUUGAUACUGUAGCUUAACACCAUUCAAAAGGAUUUUUAUUGUGAGGCCACCAGGCAUAAUUUUUCUCCAUGUAUCCACAGAUUUUGAAAUCCUGAAUAAUUGAAAAUUAAAAACUAAAUAUUCUUUAGGACUUGUAGAUACUUGAUAUGUCUUUCUAGAAUGACAUGCCCAUGUAUACUAAAAUCUGUAGUUGAUGAACCAUGGGAGACCUAUCAAUAUACUUAAUCAGUGAUUUUGGCAUCAUACAUGUAUGAAGCUGUC